CUGAUCGCGAACCAUGAAGGUCAUAGUGACUGGUGCUGCUGGCUUCCUUGGGUCCAGGGUCGCUGAUGCCUUGCUGAGGAAGCAACCACCUUCUCUUCUCAAUGUAACUGAACUUAUCCUCACCGAUGUUCACCAACCUCCGUCAAGAAAUGACAAUCGCGUGAAAGCUCUCGCGCUUGACCUAACACAGCCAUCAGCCGCUGAACAGCUCAUUGACGAGAACUGUGACGUCAUCUUCCACCUCGCUGCCGUCGUCAGCGGUCAAGCUGAAGCCGAAUUUGAUUUUGGAAUGAAAGCCAAUUUAGAAGCUACAAGGCUGCUUCUAGAAACUGCUCGAAGGAAAGCACCUAAAGCGAAAUUCGUCUUUGCUAGCACCGUCGGAGUUUUUGGAGGGGACCUACCACCCGUUGUUGAUGACCUAACAGCUGUGAUGCCUCAAACUUCAUAUGGGACUGCCAAAGCUAUGUCUGAGCUACUCAUCAACGAUUACUCCCGCCGAGGUUACGUGGAUGGCCGUAUUGUCAGAUUGCCUACUGUGAGCGUCCGUGCAGGAGUCGCGAAUGCCGCUGUGACGUCAUUCGCUAGUGGCAUAGUUCGGGAGCCUUUGAACGGAAAGGAGUCCAUUUGUCCUGUGAAGAAAGAACAGGAAUUAUGGCUGGCUAGUCCUGCAACCGUAGUUCACAAUAUAGUGUACGCAGCAACUUUAGAAGCUAGUGUUUUCGGUAAAUGGCGUGCUGUCAAUCUUCCGGGUCUACGUGUUUCUGUUGGAGAAAUGCUUGAAGCUCUUCGAAAGGAGGCUGGUGAUAAAGUGGCCUCUUUAGUUCGCUUCGAAUACAAUGAAACUAUUGCCCGAAUGGUAGCUUCUUUCCCAGUCAUUUUUGAUAAUAGUCGCGCGCUUAAACUUGGAUUUGUUGUUGAUUCAGACUUUGCUCAAGUGAUUCGUUCGUAUAUAAAAGAUGAUUUGAAAAAGAAUUAGUGAUUAAUAAAUUGAUUCAGAUUUU